AUGGAAACCCUCAAUCCCUCCGACCUCGUCAAUCGCCUCGGCAGCGACGAAGACGCUGUGCGCAAAAUGGCCGCCUUCAAAUUACAAGGUAGCAUCGGCGACCCAUCGUUUGCGGACAUCUUCAUCGCGGAAGGCGGGUUGAGUAAACUGCGGUAUUUGACGUUGACGACGGCGGGGAAUACGUUGGCGUAUAGUUUGACGAGUUUUGCGCGGUUGUUGGAAGUUGAUAAAGGUUGGGAGUAUGUGGAUGAGGAGGUUGUUGAGAGGAUUGUUCAUUUGAUCGUGACGCAUCCCCUCGUUAAUAUUCUACGUGGAGCAAUGGCCAUGCUCGUUUCGAUUGUUUCCCAUCCUCACAGUGUCAGUCAACUCGAGCCCGAACAGACGCCAGCAGACCCGAAUAGCCAAGAAAGAGAGGUAUAUGGAUUUCGAGCCCUCAAGCCCGCCAUUGAUAGACAACCUCAGUUUCUCGAAAUGCUAGUCAGCAGAUUAUCCUCCGCCGACCAUGCACUAUGCGCAAACGCGUUACAGCUUAUAAAUUCAUUAAUGCGGGACUCAAUCACCAAUGACGAGGAAUCGGAGUGGCCGAAAUUCAUUAAAAAGUUACAGGAUCUAGGUGUGAUUCGGGCUGUAUAUAUCUUGAUGCAAGGAAGUGCAUUACAGGAUCAUGCGCAUCCAUUGAUUGAGUUUCAGUCAUUAACAAAACUGUUGCUGAGGAAGUGGAAGAAUGUGGCCGUGGAUUUAGAGAAGCCGGAUCACAGACGGGCAUUGAAGGGGAUUCAUUUGGCGAGUAAUCCGGAGAAGAAGGAGGGUAGCACUACAGGCAGUAGUGCUGGUGGUUCUUCUGAGAAUGGGACUGGAAACGAAAGCGAUAUGAAGAAAUCGCGCAGACAUAACCCUGAGAAAUGGAGACGGCUCGGUUUUCAGAGUGAAAGUCCUGCUGCGGAGUUUCAUGAGAUGGGUUUUUUGGGUAUGAUGGAUUUGACGGAUUACGUUCGGAAGCAUCAGGAUGAUUUUCAAAAGAUGUUAUUGGAACAUUCGACGAAACCCGCUGAGCAGCGAUGUCCCAUUGCCAGGGCGUCGUUGGCUGUUACAUCUGUGCUCUAUGAACAUUUUGAAGUUGAGAAGUCAGCCACAGACGACGCAAAAAAUUAUCUAGUCUUGGAGUCGCGGUCAAACUUCGAUAAAGUGUUCAAACCGCUAUUGCUGCACUGGUCACGUAUACAUGUUGCGGCUUUGCACGCUUUUUUCCGUCUGUGGAAAGCUACCAGUGCUGAAGUUGCUGAUUUCGACAAGAUCGUGGAACUAGUCCGGAUCCUGGUGGAAUCUGUCGUCGGAGGCGCACCGCGUACAAAGGAUGUGCAAGAUGUUGAGGAGGAAUUGGAUGAUUUCGAAUAUCAGCGUCUACGAGAACUGCAGAUGGAAUUGCUCGAACUCACGUACGAAGAUGCAUGGGGUCAGCAUCUGAGACAAGUUCGGGAUGAAUUACAGCAUGAAGCAUUACAAUUCGUAAAAGAGCAGAGGAUUCGUUGUCUGCUACAGGGUGCUUGGUUUCCGAAUGAGCCAGCGACAGCUUCACCCAGGGCUGAUGAUUUGAGUCCGGUCAAGACGGCAGAUUUGAAGAGACCGUCAUAUGGGUAUAAAUAUGUGCAAUUGUCGCAUAAUCGGAGAUAUCUACACUUUAGUGAUUUUGACUCUAUCAAAGAGACGGCACCUGUUUUGGAUAGUCUGUCUAAUAAGAUCGAUCUAUCCAUCGUCUCUUCAGUAGUAUCAAACGUCUCUGCCUCGUCAGACGACUCGUCCGGUUCAACUAUCAAAACCACUCCUGGCGGCGCAUCUUCUCUCAACCCUCCGCCCGGCACAUCCUCAUCCUCAACCACAACGAUAUCAUCCACCAAAAUUACCAUUCAUGGCUACGCUCCCACCAUCGCAACCUCUUCAUCCGGCAUCCCCAGAUCCCCUAACAAAGACAGCAGCCACACACGCACCGGCAGUAGAGCAACUCAACGCGAAAUCCCACUCUUGACGCUCCGUCCACAGAGUCAUAGCAUCGCUUCUGAAUGGUUAGACGGGUUACUGAUGUUAUUGAACCAACAACCCAUCACGGCUGAGACGAAUAAGCUGGUGAAUCUGAUUAGUAACUACGGCUUGAAGAUCAGGUUGUUGAAUGUUAGGUUUGAUGAUGCGGCAUUUGCGGGUGAGACACCUAAGAUUCCGAGUAGGGAGGGAUUGGAUGAGGAUUAUUAUUAUGAUGUUUUUGGAGGUGUAUGAUUCCCCCCUUUUUUUUUUUUCUUUUCUUCUCGAUAAUAUUGUUUUUGUUAGCGAUUUUUGGACAUAAUGCUGGUUGGUCGAUA